UGUCUACACCUUCUCUCUUGCCCGGCGGUGAAACUGGCUCAGUCGCUUCAUACAUCACACUCCAUACCAAGGCUGAGAAACUGCGGAGUGUCUAACGAUAAAACAAAUCGAUCUAUUUUGGUCGCGUUGGAUAUAUAAAGUAGACUACCCUGUGGGCCCAGGGGAGGCAGUUUACCAUUUUCUGAACGCAGUCCAUCUACUGAGGCAGUGGAGCCCAGGGCGAGUCAACGAGACGGAGGACGAUUUCUUUGCAUUUUCUCAGCAGAAGGGCAAGGCUGGAGAGAGGACAAAGAUGCCCAAACCGAUCAAUGUGCGGGUCACCACCAUGGAUGCAGAGCUGGAGUUUGCCAUCCAGCCCAACACCACCGGCAAACAGCUCUUUGACCAGGUGGUGAAGACAGUGGGCCUCCGGGAGGUGUGGUUCUUUGGCCUGCAGUACACAGACAGUAAAGGCUACAGCACGUGGCUCAAACUCAACAAGAAGGUGACGCAGCAGGAUGUGAAGAAGGAGAACCCUCUGCAGUUUAAGUUCAGAGCCAAGUUCUUCCCGGAGGAUGUGUCUGAGGAACUCAUCCAGGAGAUCACACAGAGACUCUUCUUCCUGCAGGUAAAGGAGGCCAUCCUGAAUGAUGAGAACUACUGUCCUCCAGAGACAGCCGUGCUGCUGGCCUCCUACUCUGUCCAGGCCAAGUACGCAGACUACAACAGAGAACUCCACAGGCCUGGCUACCUCACCUCCGACCGUCUGCUGCCACAGAGAGUCUUGGAGCAGCACAAGUUGACUAAGGAGCAGUGGGAGGACAGAAUACAGACCUGGCAUGAGGAACACAGAGGCAUGCUCAGAGAGGACUCAGUGAUGGAGUAUCUGAAGAUAGCCCAGGACCUGGAGAUGUAUGGCGUCAACUACUUUGAGAUCAAGAACAAGAAGGGAACAGAGUUGUGGCUGGGUGUGGAUGCACUGGGACUCAAUAUCUACGAACACGAGGACAAGUUGACACCAAAGAUUGGCUUCCCCUGGAGCGAGAUCAGGAACAUCUCCUUCAGCGACAAGAAGUUUGUCAUCAAACCGAUCGACAAGAAAGCUCCAGAUUUUGUGUUCUAUGCCCCGCGGUUGCGGAUCAACAAGCGUAUCCUGGCGCUGUGCAUGGGGAACCAUGAACUGUACAUGAGGAGGAGGAAGCCUGACACCAUUGAGGUUCAGCAAAUGAAGGCCCAGGCCAGGGAGGAGAAACACCACAAACAGAUGGAAAGAGCCCAGCUAGAGAACGAGAAGAGAAAACGAGAGCAUGCAGAGAAGGAGAGGGCGAAGAUAGAGAAGGAGAAGGACGAGCUUGUCGAGAGGCUCAGACAGAUUGAGCAACAGACGCUAAAGGCCCAGAAAGAGCUGGAGGAGCAGACACGCAGGGCCCUGGAGUUGGACCAGGAGAGGAAGAGAGCGAAGGAGGAGGCGGAAAGGUUGGAGGGAGAGAGACAGGCAGCUGAGGAGGCCAAGGCAGCGCUGGCUAAACAGUCCGCUGACCAGAUGAAGAACCAGGAACAACUGGCCGCUGAGCUAGGAGAAUUCACUGCCAAAAUCGCUCUGCUUGAAGAGGCCAAGAGGAAGAAGGAAGAGGAGGCGACUGAAUGGCAACACAAAGCCAUCUCAGCCCAGGAAGACCUGGAAAAGACUAAAGAGGAGCUGAAGUAUGUGAUGUCAUCACCCCCGGCGCCGGAGCACGAUGAACAAGAUGAGACGAACGCAGAGGGCAGUACCGAGCUGCACAGUGACGGGGUCACCAGCCACCGCAGCGAGGAGGAACGUGUCACAGAGGCCCAGAAGAACGAACGCGUCAAGAAACAGCUGCAGGCUCUGAGUUCAGAGUUGGCUCAGGCGAGGGACGACACCAAGAAGACCCAGAAUGACAUGCUACAUGCGGAGAAUGUGAAGGCUGGGAGGGACAAGUACAAAACCCUGCGCCAGAUCCGACAGGGCAACACCAAGCAGCGCAUUGACGAGUUCGAGUCCAUGUAAGAGUCAGCACCCUCCCACCCUCACAUUGCCAUGACAACAGCUCACUUUCUUGGAUAGCCGACCCUGCUCGUUCCCACCCCGUUCCCCCAAAUCCGUACUUGCAAAAAGGCCAGAGGUGUGUGGAUUCAAUGUCCCACCCACUACUCCUUGCCAAAGCUCUGCCCACUAGCGGUUGGCCAAUCAAACCGCUCCAUGCUUAGAGCUCCACCCAACCACAUCUGGAAUCAUCCAAUCUGGAAUGACAAGCAACAUAUCCUGCCGAAAUGAACUUCUCUUUGAGCAAAGGAUAAUUGAACCCUUGCAUGUCUGAUGUAAGAAUGGAUUUUUUUAAAAUAAUGUAGAGAGAAAUUAGCGAAUAUCUUGCUUUUAUUGAGAGAAUUGCCAUUUGUAGUUUUUUGAUGUUGUUGACAAGCAUGUAUGUAAAGCUUUAAAUAUCGUACCUUACUUUUUUUUGUUUGUGAUCAAGUAUUUAAAUGGUUUUCUUAAACUGCCUUAUUUGUCUUAUUUCAUUUACAUUACUUUAGUUUUGGUUUCACAUUUAACUGUGGUGAGUUAGCUGUGCUCUAGUCAUGGGUCAGCUGAUGUUGAACCAGUGGUUUAAUUCCUUCAGAAUUUGAACACAGGUUUUUAUUUGUCCCUUCAAACCUAUACGUUUGUGUUAUUCACAGUCCAUUGACGGUUUUGUUAACAUAUAUUUUGGUCCACAAUAAAGAAUCCAUGUAUAUUUCUUA